AUGAUGGACGAUAGCUCAGCCAUGAUUGAUCGGGGUCGUAGUGUGGUUCUCCGAGGACCUAUUCGCACAAAUCUACAAUCACAGCUCCCAGGCAAUCGCUCUGCAGCUUUCGGUAAGAACGAGUUACAGACUGCCUUUCCUUAUUAUCUCUUUCAUCAAUGACUGCUUAAGGAGCCGUUCAAGUAUAAGCUUAAGCCGGGCUCGCACGUGAUCCGUAAAACGAUAUCUGGCAAGUCCGCUAAUCUCGGCAGCCUACUCGAGAACAACAUGUUCCUCUCCUAUGUCCGCGCACCAGUAGGUUCGGGAGUGGAUCUGCUCGCGCUAGUUGAUCUGUGCAUAGUGCAGCCAAGCAGGGAUGAAUUCUGCCCGCCUACGUUUAGCCGACUCCAGGAUCCUCUUAACAAGAAUACGGUGAGAAGUUUAAUCUGA